GCUUCUGCUUCUUCUCCUAGAGCUCUCUGUGCCCCCCUACUCGAAUUGAUCCCACGAUGUCUCUCUAUUAUACUAUGGUAUUCGCUAUAUUGGUGACCGAAAUGGUCCUCUUUGCCUCGUUGUCAUUGCCUUUGCCCAGCAAGCUCAGACGACCAUUGUUGAAGACCAUUAGCCAACCGUUUCAAUCCAAACAGUUCAAGGUCGUUAUGAGGUGUAUAUUGGCCUUCAUCUUGCUUUUGUUUGUCGAUGCCUGGAACAAACUUUCUGCCAUUGACCAGGAGCUCAAGCUAUCUGAAUCAAUUGUCGCUGGCACUCCAAGAAGCGAAAUCCAAGCUAAGAAAUUCUAUGCUCAAAGAAACUUGUAUCUUUGUGGAUUCUCCUUGUUUUUAACUUUGAUUCUCAACAGAACUUACUCCUUGGUCGCUGAAUUGAUCUUGACAAAGGAUAAAUUAAGAGCCAAGGGCAUUGACCGAUUUUCCGAUAGCCCUUCUGCUGUUCAAAUCAAGAAAUUAAAAAAAUUAAUUGAAAAGAAAGAUGAAGACAUUGAAAUCUUGAAACAAAAGGCAAAGGAUUUAUCCGGACAAUAUGACUCUUUAUAACUUCCUUUUCUCAAAUCUAUUGUUUUAUGAUUUCAUAAUCUAAUUUAUCUAAAUUUAAGCUCUAACUAAACUGAAAUAAACUGAAAUAAACUUACUUAUUUUAAUAUUAAAUUUACUAUAUAUAUAUAUAUAGACAAUACUAUAUAUAAAUACAUAAUAACUACUUAUUGAAAAGAAAACAAAAAAAAACAACUCAUAAA